AUGAGGAAACGACUUCAGCCGCCUCGAUCCAAUCAGAUUCCAAUGGUGAAAUUCGCUCUAAAUGCCCGAAUCGAUGACCAUGAAGGCUCUUCUGCCUCUGCAUCUGCCCAACUGAGGCAAAUUAUUGGCCGAUGCGAAAAACCAGCUCAGGCCCGGCGUUCUUAUCGAGGCUGGCCCUGUCUGGAUAUGCAAUUAAAGCCAGGCCGGCAGGCCAAUUUAGACAGGCACAGUCUGCCUGCGUUGCCUUGGUCACAAAUUCGUCUGGUAAACUCACCACAUAUAAGUUCUGUUGGCAAAAUAUUGGACUGA